AUGUCGGCCAAGGACCUGGACAUUUCCGUCUCGUACGAGCAGCUCGAGGACCUCGAGGAGGAUUUCGAGGAUGUUGAGCUGGAGCUGCUGCGCCAGCAGGCCAAGCUGUCCAAGGACCUCUACGCCAAGCGCGAGAAGAUUGUGGCGCAGAUCCCCAACUUCUGGCCCCUCGUUUUCGAGCAGUCGCCGCCCGAGAUUGACGAGUACAUCCAGCCCACCGACUCGGCGCUCCUGAUGGGCGCCCUCAAGUCGCUGUCGGUCGAGCGCUUCGAGCUGCCCGAGGGCGACCCCCGCAGCCUCGCCAUCACGUUUGAGUUUUCCGAGAACGACCACUUCGAGAACACGAAGCUGGAGAAGAAGUUUUGGUGGCGCGAGUCCAAGGACGGCUGGGCCGGCCUCGUCUCGGAGCCCGUCGACAUCAAGUGGAAGUCGGCCGACAAGGACCUGACGGGCGGCGCGCUGGCGCUGGUCAAGCAGAUCUACGAGGACGACAAGGCCGGCAAGGCGCAGGAGGAGACCGAGUCCAAGAAGAAGCUGCGCGAGCUGCUCGAGAACACGGGCAUCGGCGGCGCCAGCUUCUUCUCCUUCUUCGGCUUCCGCGGCCGCUACGUCACGGCCGAGGAGAGCCGCGAGGCUACCAAGGCGUCCCAGGAGAAGCGCAAGGCGCGCAAGGAGGGCAAGGAGGUCGAGGUCAAGGAGGACGAGGACGAGGACGAGGAGGAUGACGACGACGAGUACGAAUUGGAGAUCUUCCCCACGGCCGACGACCUGGCGGUGUGCAUCGCCGAGGACCUGUGGCCGGGCGCCAUCAAGUACUUCAUCCAAGCGCAGGAGCAGGACGCCCUGAGCGACAUGGACUUUGAGUCCGACGACGAUGAGGAGAUGGAGGAGGCUGACAAUGGCGACGAGAAGCCCCCGCAGAAGAAGCGCAAGGCUUAG